AUGAAUUCAGAAUCGUUGGAAAAUCUCCACCGUCCACUUAUUGAGUCAUCAAAAUCGUUCAUAGAUUACCGCCUCGAGACUGUCUUAACCGACCGAGAACUGCCGUAUCUCCGCCGGAUCUACCUGGCGAUGAUGAUAGAGAUGAAGUUCCUCUUCCACCUCGCCGCUCCGGCCAUCUUUGUUUACGUCAUCAACAACGGAAUGUCCAUCCUCACUCGUAUCUUCGCCGGCCACGUAGGCAGCUCCCAACUCGCUGCCGCUUCACUAGGAAACAGUGGUUUCAACAUGUUCACUUACGGUCUUCUGCUUGGUAUGGGAAGUGCAGUGGAAACAUUAUGUGGACAAGCACACGGAGCUCAUCGUUACGAUAUGCUCGGCGUCUACCUCCAAAGAUCAACCGUAGUUCUCAUCAUCACCUGCCUCCCCAUGUCACUCCUCUUCGUCUUCUCCAAGCCUCUCCUCAACAUCCUCGGCGAGCCAGAACAAGUCGCAUCAAUGGCCUCCGUCUUCGUCUACGGCAUGCUCCCAGUCAUAUUCGCUUACGCAGUCAACUUCCCUAUCCAAAAAUUCCUCCAAGCUCAGAGCAUCGUCACGCCGAGUGCUUACAUCUCCGCGGCGGCUCUAGUGAUCCACCUCGUACUCUCGUGGGUGGCUGUGUAUCGUCUAGGGUUUGGUCUUCUUGCUUUGUCUUUGAUUCAUAGCCUCUCGUGGUGGAUCAUCGUUGUGGCGCAGAUUGUUUAUAUUAAGAUGAGUCCGAGGUGUCGUCGGACUUGGGAAGGGUUUAGCUGGAAAGCUUUUGAAGGUCUUUGGGAUUUUUUCCGGUUAUCUGCGGCUUCUGCUGUGAUGCUGUGCCUGGAGUCUUGGUAUUCUCAGAUUCUUGUUUUACUCGCUGGACUUCUCAAGAACCCUGAGCUUGCUUUGGAUUCUUUAGCUAUAUGCAUGUCAAUUUCUGCAGUCUCGUUCAUGGUCUCCGUUGGAUUCAACGCAGCUGCAAGUGUGAGAGUGAGCAAUGAGUUAGGAGCUGGAAACCCAAGAGCAGCUGCGUUUUCGACAUUUGUAACAACUGCAGUAUCAUUAUUGCUGGCGAUUUUUGAAGCAGUUGUGAUCAUGUCGUGGAGAAAUGUUAUCAGCUAUGUGUUUACUGAUAGUCCUGAGGUGGCCGAGGCCGUUGCGGAUUUAUCUCCCUUUUUAGCCAUCACUAUUGUCCUCAAUGGAGUUCAGCCUGUCUUGUCAGGUGUGGCUGUUGGGUGUGGAUGGCAAGCAUUUGUGGCGUACGUUAACAUUGGAUGUUACUACGUUGUGGGAAUUCCGAUUGGGUUCGUACUUGGUUUCACCUAUGAUAUGGGAGCAAAGGGAAUAUGGACAGGGAUGAUUGGUGGCACAUUAAUGCAAACCAUAAUCUUGGUGAUUGUUACCCUUAGAACUGAUUGGGAUAAAGAGGUGGAGAAAGCUUCCAGCCGAUUGGACCAAUGGGAAGAGAGCCGUGAGCCGCUUCUGAAGCAAUAA